AGUGACGCUCGGAGCGUUCGCAAGAGCUGCUUGGGGGAGGGGGCUUUCGGAGUGUCCCACCCCCUCCCGCCUGCCUUACCCUGGCUCCCUCCCACCGCAGCCGCUAGGGGGGGGGGCGGAGCCACAGAGCUUAUAGACAACGUGCGUGCGUGCGUUGCGUGUGAGAGCAGGACUGCGCGCGCACCGCGGGAACCCGCAGAAAUGGGAAUCUCGCGAGACGCUUUCCCGCCUCCCCUUCCUCUGGACGGGACAGGAUCUUUCGAGAUCUCUCUCUCUCUUUCUCUCCCCGGCUGCCUCUUGUAGCGCCCGCCCUCCCUUCCUCCUCCUCGCGAGGAGGCAGCCACAGCCGCGCGCGCCGCUGCCGCCGCCACUCAUUUAAAACUGCCCCAGCGGCCGCUCUGUGAAGCGAACCGAGAGGCUGAGGAGGAAGCCUGCCCCUGUCCCUGGCCUGCCUAGCCGGCCCUCGCGGCGAGCUUCCUCCCUUCCCUCGGGGGCCCCUCAGGCCGCCUCGCUGCGUCUCCGCCUUCGCCCCCUUUCGCCGCCGCCUUCGCCCCCCUCAGGCUCAGCAUGUCGGUGGUGGGCAUCGACCUGGGCUUCCAGAGCUGCUAUGUGGCCGUGGCCCGAGCGGGAGGCAUCGAGACCAUCGCCAACGAGUACAGCGACCGCUGCACCCCGUGAGUAACGGCGGGGAGGGAGGGCGGGCGAGUGUCGGGGGGACGGACGACGACGAAUGGGGAGAAGGGCUUCCUCGGGGAGGGGGCGGCGGCGUGGGAGAGGCUCCGGGGAGGGAAGCAGCGCAGUUGCGGCUAACUUGUCACGCCGGAUCAUCCCAAGGAGCCAAGUAUGCGGGGCCUAGAGGAAAGGGCCGGCUCUCAUUCAGAUUCCCCUUUGCCUUCCCCUCCCCGCCCUCCUUUGUUGAGGUGGGAGAGUCUUUGCGACACAUUUUUUCCCCUCAAAGAAAAAAAGGGAAGAAAGCGGAGGCUGAAGGUUUAAUCUAUGAGUAAGACGAGCCCCUCCGCCGAGAAGGAGGAGGAGGAAGUACCUUUCUCUUCCCCACCCCUCUCCUUCCCCACGUGCGUGCGCUCGGGGAUGGUGCAUUAAUGGUUGGAGGCGACCAGCCGGGGGAAGCUGCGCUACCGCUUUGCGCAGAGGGGGCCAACCGGGAGGAGGCGGGAUCUCGUGCUCUGCGUUCGUGGGGUUGCAAAAUGCAGCCCAUGUCGAAGAGUCAUUCGUUGUUUGUUUCGGGAAUAUAGUUCUGUGUUGCUCCCAUACUGUCCUUUGCUAUUCUUGUGUGUCUGCUUUAAAUGCCUGAAACCAUCUGUGAGUUGAUAAUUGACCUGCUUUCGGAUUUGUAAAUUCUCCCCAUAAGGAUGGCUUUCUCAAAUGGUAUGUAUAUCUCUGCAUGGUGCCGACUUGUGGGUCCUUCUGGUGUCAGCUGUGACAGCAGAAGCCAAAAUAUUUGCCUAUGUAUUUGGGUGAAGAGCUGAGAGGCUUGUGUUAAAAACCACAACUAAAGCUCUUCCCAAAAAGGUGAGGCAGCAAAACACAUGCAUUAUUGGGAAAUAAAAUUGCAAAUGUUGCUGAGGCCAGCAGUUCUCAGCUGGUAUGAAUUCUGAGUUUGCUUGUUUGGUCGCCUUCUCUUGUUGUAUUUUUGGGAUAGUUUUCUUAUGCACCACACACAAACUUCUAAAUCAAAUAGCAGUAUGACAUUACAGUGCUUUUUUGCUUUUUUAUUGAAAACUCACCAAAGUGUCACAUAGUUGUGGCAAGUUUGAUUUUCAGAGUGGUCCCAAUAAAGGCGUGUCCCAUUAUGGUAUUUUAAUCGAUCAACAUGGCUACUUUUCUUUUUAUUGUCUGGUGAGCUUUGAAUAUCUCAACACCAACCAUGGUCAAGAAUGCCUGUGUUCCUUUAGGAGGAAGGGUAAGAUAUAAAUUGAUGCAGAAUUCGGCAACCAGGUUGUUCACUGGAGCAAGACAGUUUGAGCAAAUUACACCAAUCAUGCCCCGACUUUACUGGCUGCCAGUGAGUUUCUGGGCCCAAUUCAAAAUGCUGGUUUUGACCUAUAGAACCAUAAAUGGCUCAGGACAACAAUACCUCAAAGACUGCCUCUCCCCAUAUGAAUGGGUCUGGAUCCAGGGGUCAUCAUCUGAGGCAUUCUUCGUUUGCCUCCCCCAUGAGAAGUCCAUUGGGUGAUAACAUGAGUACAGUGGCUUCCCUUUUGAGGAAUGCUCUGCUGGGGGAAGUUCUCCUGGUGCCUUCAUUAUACAACUUUAGGUGCCAGGCAAGAACAUUCUUCUUCAACCAGGCCUUUUGCUGACAUCCUAUAUCCUUUUAAAGGUGUGAAGGGGAAGGCGUUGCUGGCAGCAUUCAAAACGCCCAUUGUUCUAGGUGCAGGGCUUGUUCUAGGUGCAUUUUGCGACAGGGAAUUUCAUUAAUGUGAGAAGUUUCUGAGCUCUGGGAGCAGUACUGCACUUAAGAUUUCAGAUUAAAACUGCCACUGCUGGAACAAAAGGAGGACCUUUUCCUGCCUCCCCACUUCCAGCUACUCUCUGAGGACUGAAGAAGGGACCCUCAUAAGAAUAUUAAGGGGGCAGGCAGGGGAAGUAUGAUUUUGGUUUUUGCAGUCUUCAGAUGAGCACUAGACCAUGUGAAAAAUGAAUAUAAGAUUUUAGCUGCAGUUCAUUCAUUACAGUAUCAUCUUUGUAUUCUUGUUAUAUAAGAAGUACCCCUAGACAUUCUGUUGUGGUGCCCAUAACCUAGGUUAAGGUACCAUUUAGCUUUCAUAUCUCAGUUUUUAACACUGGUUGCUGGUUUGUUUUGUUUUUAUUAUGUAUUUUAUGUUUUUAAAUAGGUCAGUAUUAAUCAUAUUGCAGAUAUUAGUUGUGAGUGAGUUAGUGAGAAUUGACUUGCCUACCUAGUAAGCCUGCAAUUGAGGUGAAUUUUGAAAUUGUGACCGUGGCUCAUAUCAGCUCUUGGUACCAACGUUUUAGAACUUGCUAAAAAUUGGUUUUUUAUCCCACGGGAGGCCAGUUGUACAUGGAAGCUAAACUUUCAGAAUGUCAAAUAGAUUGUCUUAACUACAGUACUUAGUGAGCCAGGAACAGGUAUACAGGCAACUCCCUGUUGGCGCGGGGAUUAUGUUCUGCGUCACUACGUGUGUCAGCCAGUGUUUGAAAUUAGCCAGGUAGCUCUCGGCCACUUGCUACCAAGUGAAGAUGCCUGGGUGCUACGAUGGCACGUGACCUGACAUCUCCACCAUCUGGAGGUGCAUGCCUAGGGAUCAUUGGAGCUUGACAGUUUUCACACACUAAUACCACAUCCUGUAGAAUUCUAUCAGUUAUAGUUAUCUGCACAAUCAUAAUAAAUUUCAGGAACCAAAAUGCUUUUUCUGUGCAGCCUGAGAGGGAGUAGUGAACAACAUUAUAGUUAGAGUAAUUUUUGUAGCUUGUCUUCACUUAACCCAACCCACUACCCUGCUCACAGUUGUGAAGAACAUUCAUACGUUAUAAAUGGUCAGUGUCAUCAUUAAGAAAAAGAGACUUUUCUUCAAGUUUUCAAAGUUUUCAAAGUUCUUAACCUAGCUCAAGGUUGUCAUCUCAACCAGCCAGAUGUUUAAACUGAUAAUCAAUCAGUCAGUCCAUCAUUUGAAAAUGCCCCCAAAUGGCAACUAGACAUUCCAUUUUGGCAACUGUAACCUGGUUUAAGGAGCCAUUUGGCCCCUAGCUUAUAUAUAUAUCUGAGUUUUUAACGCUGCUCCUGAGCCUCAAGUUGAUAGCAAAGGAUCCAGGAGUACCCCAAGCUACGCACCCACUCCUUCAGAGGGGGCGUAACCCCAUCAAGAGCAGGUGACCUCAAAUCCAUCCAGUCUAAGGAACCACCUGCUAACAGUGCCUCAGUCUUAAUGGGAUUGAGCUUCAGUUUGUUGGUCUCAUUGCAAUGGAAAUGAUGUAUCAAAGAACCUAAGAACUUUAAAAGUCUUGUAUUCAUUUACUUAUUUCUGAGACUUGUAUCCUAUCAUUCAGUGUCUGAUACUUUUUCUGAGGGUGGCAUACAAAAUAAAUACAAGUAAGUUGCUAUUAAGCCUUUCUAAAACUGGUUUUUGCAAUUAAAUUUGCACUAUCUGGUAAUCUUUUGAAUUCCUAACACUUAAAUUGUGGUGGGGAAUGGCCUAAAUUUCAAGCAAAACAAGGAGAAAGACAAUCCACGUGCAAUUUGCUUGAAACAAACUAUUCUUAAAUAGGGAAGAAAUGUUAACAUCUGAUAAGUUGUGAUUUAUGAACAGUUGAGGGCAAUAUAGUGUUACCUUAGAUUCUGGGUGAUGUCAGUGCUUUUUUAUGGUUUCUGUUUUUAUUGCCUUUUAUAGUGCACUUGAGGCACUGCUAAUGUUGCAUAGUUUAUUUGAGUAUGCUACCAAGAUGGAGAUUGCUGUCUGCCUUGGAAUUGCUGUUACCAAAAUGAUGGCACUAUGGCGCUAUUUUCAAGAGCUAAUUUGUGUUUAGGCACAAUUUUAUUCUAGGAUCUCCUUUUGUGAGAUACUGUAUCCGUCUCAGUACACUGCUGAAAGGGGCUUGGAUGUGUCUCAUUGUGUCCACAUCAUACCCUCUGACCAUCAUACCCUCUAACCACAGUUUGCAUGGUGGUCUCUGCAAUUAGGGCUGUCGUUGUGUGUUACUAGACCCUUAGUAGGCUAGUUAAAAAAUGCUGUUUUUUAUGGGCUUAUUUACAAGGUUAAUGUAAUACAGGCUCCCCCCCCCCCUUUAGCAUAAUUGAUUUGUGCAUGACCGCCUAUAUGCACAGUGCCAAGAAAUAAUUUAAUGAUUUGAUUGAAACCUUAAAAUGGUGGAAGAGAGCUGGAGAGUUCUCAUGGUGCAUGAGGAGAACCCUUCCCGGAGCCCAAAGAGGACAUCAGUGAGGACAGAGGAAGUCCCAAAAAGGAGGCACCGUGGGGCUUUAUUUACACUGCCCAGCCUUCCCUCCUGAUGUGUGGGGUAGUGCAGCAGCAUGGCCUCCCGCUAGCCCCAGAGCUUCAAUUCCAGUUGUGGAUAUUUUUGGAUACAGUAUUUUUGGUAUGGAUUGAAGAGAGACAGAUAGGGUUUUUAAAGGGUAUUUAGAGGGUGCUCCCCACGCAAUUUUGAUUAUGUGUUUGGGGGCCUGGAAUAUAACCUCCACUAAGUGGGGAGUUGUCUGAAUUUGUCUAGAAAGAACCUUUACUCACCCUGUGCAGAUGCAAGACUGGUGCAUGUUUAAUGUCAUCAUGGCCUUUGCUGUUAGUCUGACAUUGUAGGUUUACCCUGAGAAACUGGUUGGUAGAGGAACUCAUCUCUUUUGUAAUUACUAGCAUUAGUUUGUAAAACUUGCCAUGUACAGGAAAAGUACCGUAUUUUUCACCCCAUAGGGCGCACCUAGUUUUGGGGGAGGGGGGAAAUAAAGAAAAAAAAUUAUUCCCCCCAGGCGCGGGGCUGGGCGGGGGAAGCCUGAGCUGACCCCAGCCCCCAGAACAGGCUGCUGUCUGCAAGCCUAGGGAGCCCGGCGUGACGUCGCGCCGGGCUCCCAUGGCUUGCGGAGAGCUGCCCGAAGCCCGUGGUGCGCUCCGCUGCGCGCCCCAGGCUUCGGAUGCAGGCAACUCUCAGCAAGCCGUGGGAGCCCGGCGGGAACUCCCGUGGGCCCCCAAGGCUUGCGGAUCGCUUCCUGAAGCCUGGAGAGUGAGAGGGUUUGGUGCGCACCGACCCCUCUCACUCUCCAGGCUUCAGCGAAAGCCUGCAUUUGCCCCAUAGGACGCACACACAUUUCCCCUUCAUUUUUGGAGGGGGAAAAGUGCGUCCUAUAGGGCGAAAAAUAUGGUAUAUAUUUUGAAUAUGUUAGUAAAUAUGUAGUGAUGAAAUAAAAAUGGUUAGAAACAUAUUAACUAAAGUAAUGUCAUCAAUGCCAGAAAAAAAUUGCAUGGGCUCAAAAUGCAUGUAUACAGAACAGACCUUCUGUUUUACAUCUAAAGGUUUUUUUCAACAAUUAUUGAGUCAUGCAAGUUAUAAAUAAAAAGUCCUUUGUUUGCUUGGAACACAGGGGCAGUUCUGGCAAGUGAGGUGUAUUCAUAGCAGUAAGUUGCAUGGUUGUCAUUAAAACUGAUAACAAAACACCCUGCCAGUUUGGAAGAAGUUGUGCAUAGGUUAGUUCAAAGGUGACAUAAAAUCAAAUCUCAUCAGAUAGUGAUUUAUCCAUGACAACUGAGUUAUUGUCAGCUCUUCCACCCACUACCCACCUCCUACUGAUCUAGUACAGAACACUGGAUUCGUGUGUGCUUCUGUAUGCAUUAGGCCAGAUAUAAUUUGGGACAGGCCCAUGAAAUCCCAAGUCACCCCACAUAUAGUGGCCUUGGCAUAUAUGUUGAAGUCCCCCAAGGCCAAAAGCCCCCAAGGCUUGGCCAGGGAGACUGUUAUGCAGCAACAUAGGUGGUAUCCUUAACAGAAUCUCAGUCCUGUUAACAUAUCCUUGCCUGACACAUUCACUGCCAUAGCCAUAUUCUGUUUCGUAUUACCUGUAUAAUUACUGUACAUGUCCUUGUAAUGGCUUGAUAUUCAUUUCUCUUUGAAAUGAAUCCCCAAUUCAGUGGACAUAACUAACUUUAUUUUGACUUUAAGAGCCAAUCACUAAACUAGCAUAAAAAGCAAUAUAAAUAAGUAUGGUAUCAUUGUUCAAGAAUAUGCAGAUAGUGGCCUAAAUGUUUACCCAUGAAAAGUGUUGCACCCUGGGAAUCGCUCAAUUGAACAAUAUAAAUAAAUUUCCUUUAUUUUGAAUAUUUGUAUCAUAAUAAAGCUAUAUCUAGUUUAAGGGGGGGUGAGUGGAUUUACUACUUCUGUAGCAUCGAACAUAGUAUUAUAUUAAAAUGCAGUGUGCCAGUAUCAAGCAGUAUGUGUAAAAUCAGGGUUUAUUGCCUUAUUCUGAUGGAUAUAUUUUAAAGGGUCAUUAAUCUGUGUACUUGAUAGUUUAGAAACAACAGGCAGCACAGUCUUGCUAUUUUGCAAAGUUAUUUUUCAGUAUUCUUGUGAUUUCAAUGUUUGAAAUAGUCUAAUGAAGCAACAUCUUUCUACACAGGAACCAAUAGUGUUGAUAUUAACUUGGCUUCACCAGAUGGGGCUUUUGUGCCCCUGUUACUUCAGCACUCCCCCAAUCUUCAGGAAUAGAUUUUUGGGUAACCCUUGGGAAGGGUGUGGGGGAAUCACCCUUGUGCAAACAGAAGGGGAACUUAGGAUCCAAACUGAUAAUGCAAUGAAUAAUCGUUAUAAUAUGCUUGCUUUAGCAGUAAAAGUUCAUCCCUGAGAUAAAGGAGACAAUAACAGCUUAGAAGAAGGUUGUGGGUGGAUUGUGUUAAUAUUUUAAUUCAGAAUAAAGGCAUUCAUAACAAGUAGAUGUCAAGGAAAUAAACAACUGUCUGAUUUUUAGAAGACAUCUGAAGGCAGCCCUGUAUCGGGAAGUUUUUAUUUUGAUGUUGUAGUAUGUUUUGAAAUAUGCUGUGAGCUGCCCAGAGUGGCUGAGGAAACCCAGCCAGAUGGAUAGGGUAUAAAUAAUAAAAAUAUUAUUAGUGGCUGUAUUCCAUAGAAGUGAGCUAUUGGUGGCAAUUUUAACUUUACCUAGCUGAUAGAAAACCUCUUACAAAAGAUCUGGUAUUAAAGCAGAUAUUUGUAAAUGGAUCCCUUUGAUUAUAAUGUUUUCACAUCAGGAUAAAUUGAUUUAUUUCAACCUGUGUCUUAUAACUGAACAUGUUCUUCUCAUUGUAGGUCGUGUAUCUCCUUUGGACCCAAGAAUCGUUCAAUUGGAGCUGCAGCUAAAAGCCAAGUAAGGAUUUUUUUUUGUAUUUGGAAAUAAUUAAUAGAAUCACCGAUAUAAUAACGAGGACAGUAGUAAAAAAAAACCCCACACACAAAAAUACUGAAAGCAGAAUUUCAUAAUGCAGUUUUAUUAAAUAUUUUCUGCUGGCUGUAUUGAUUUGACUUUUUAAUGUGUGUGUAUGCUGUAUGCACUCUGUACUGUACUGUAUAGCUGUGUUGCAUGUCAUGAUAAACUGGCUGUGGCUGAUGGAAGUUAGAGCCUAAAAUACCUGGAGGACACCAGGUUGGUGAAGACUGAUAUACAAGAUAAAUUAAAGAAUGUGCCUGCUCUUGUUAGGGCAGUGCUAGGGGCCAGAGUUGCUCUGGGAGCUUAAGGAGUUAUUGAGCCCUUUUCCCAUUGAGAAACACUAGUUGUGGCUACUAACUUUUGGCAGAUGAUUUGGCCUGCUUUCUGAGCUAAAGCAGGAGAAUGAGAUCUCUGUGCUCCCCAGUGCUGGAGCAUAGUGCCCAGUUCUAUGAUCAAACUGUACUAGAGAAUUCAAAUAGAAUAAAUCUCAUUAUUUACUGAUAGAAAGCUAAUUGUAAAUGUAAAUUUCCUGAGGAGCAUGUUAAUAGAAUUAUCAAGAAUAUGCACAGCUGUCAACUUUUCCCUUUUCUUGCGAGGAAUCCUAUUUGGAAUAAGGGAAUUUCCCUUUAAAAAAGGGAAACGUUGACAGCUAUGAAUGUGUAAGGGUAGUAUCUUUUAUAUGCCACUUCCAGUAGAUUUUCAAAUGGUUAUUGCUGGCUUCUGAUUGCUUUUGUGAUAUCCCCCCCCCCCCCCCCGGAAAUGCACUUGUUGCUUUAUAUAUAACACGGAAGAACAAAUUAGCUAUAAAGUAUGAUUCAUCAGGAAGUAUUAGAAAUCUUCUAUGUUACAAGAUGAAACUAAACUUUUUUUUUUUUUAAAGGUAAUUUCAAAUGCAAAGAAUACUGUACAAGGUUUUAAAAGAUUUCAUGGCCGUGCAUUGUCGGAUCCCUUUGUUCAAGAUGAAAAAGCAAAGCUUGCUUAUGAACUUGUCCAGCUUCCCUCACACUCAGCUGGCAUCAAGGUGAGUUAGUAUGUAUGUGUGCAUUCAAACACACAUAUCAAUAUGCACAUUAUAGUGCCCCCUCCACGCGGUGAUGUUUGAUAGAAGUAAAAACAGUAGAAUCCUUUUGGAAAAUAUCGAAAAACAGAUAUGGAUGUGGUUUACUUCCUUUAGAUGUUAUUCUGAUCAACACUAGAAAUGCUUAGGGCUUUCUUGAAUGUUGCAACAUUAAAAUGUGUUUGCUUUGUUUUAUAUUUCCACUAAGGUUAUGUAUAUGGAAGAAGAACGAAAUUUCACCAUAGAGCAGAUGACAGGAAUGCUGCUCACUAAACUAAAAGAAACUGCAGAGAACGCGCUUAAAAAACCUGUAGUUGACUGUGUUGUAUCUGUAAGUAGACAAUAUUUGCCUUAGUUUCUGUAUGGAUCUUUUGUAAAUGGAAAGAGUAUAAUGGAAUUUCAAUCAUAUUGAAUGGGCACUUUGUCCCUCUGAAUUUGGUUAACAUGAAAAUCUCCUAACUAGAUUUUAAUUCCUGUUAUUUUAGGAAUCUUUCGUUUUCUCUAAGUUGCAACCAGAUUUCUUCGUUCUACUUAAGAGUACAAUUAGGCAAAUAUUUGAUCUAGAAAACCAUUGUUUAAGUUAUCACAUCUCGUCUAACAUUAUUGAUAAGAGUUCAUCUGAGACUCAUUAGUGUUGGACAAGAUGACUCACCUUCAUUACGUAACAGUAAUAGUAGGGGAAAGAGAGGUGUCAUUUACAAGUUUACAAUUGGUCUGCAGAUAUGGCAGGGGCAGUUGAAUUUCAACUGGAGCUUCUGGGAAAGGCAAAGGAAUAAAAAUGCAUUUUGUCGUUUCAAAGCUAUGUGGAGGUCUGCAGGCGCUCUGCUUUUCUGGUGUUAGGAGCUCCCAGCAAGGGCAGAGCCAAAGCUAGCCUUUAAUUUUCCAGCUUAGAGCUGGAAGGAGGCUGUUAUGCUAUGGUAUUCACAUACCCCAAGUUUAAGUUUGGAAUUUCAGAAGUGCAGCAUAUGUAGUCAAGUACAAAACUUACAUGGAAGGAGGGUCCUCGUCCAAAUGUUUGGCUUCCAAGAGCUGCCAAACUCUGUGAACCUCUGCUUAAUAUUGCAGCUUCCGUCAAUAUUAUUCUGGAAACCAGCCUGUGUGAUUUCACCCUGUAGUAAAAAAGAGAGUUGGUUUGGGGUAAGAGAUGACUAGUAUUUUACUAAUAAAAAAGUAUUAUUAUUUAUUUUGUAUACUGUCCUUCAUCUGAAGAUCACAGGACAGUUCAUAACAUAAAAAUACAGAGAACAGAAAAUACAGAAUAAAACAAACAAACCAAUAACCCCCUCCCACAAACACAUUAUAAUGUGUUGCUGUUACUGUAAACGGCAGUUUAGUUAAAAAAUAUGUAUCCCAGAAUUUGAAAAACUUUUUGUUAGACUUUAUUUUGGAAAAUUAGUUGCUGUAAAAAUAUGCUUUUGUCUCUCUUUCAGGUUCCUUGUUUCUAUACAGAUGCAGAGCGGAGAUCUGUGAUGGAUGCUACACAAAUUGCUGGACUCAACUGCUUGCGAUUAAUUAAUGAAACUACAGCAGGUGACUACUUAAUUGAAAUAAAUACAGUGUGAUGGCUGUUUCCAUACAGCUUAAAUCAUUCAGGUUCUUUUGUAUUAGGUUUGAAGGGUUUACCUGCUUUAUUGUUGGUGCUGAAGGGUGAAAUCAUUUCCAGACACUGGCUGAAAACUUUAAUUUUCGACUUGGGGCUGGCUCACACAUGAAUGAACAUCACUUGCUUGCUCAACUUUUUAUGGCUAUUUCUGUAGAAAGGUUUUGAGUUGGCACUGGGUGAAAUGAAAGUUCUGUCUGGUAAUAAAGCUUUGAUGGCUUAUUCAUACAUGGUCAUCACUUGAUGACAGUCAAUGCAAGGUGAGCAUUCGUAUGUGAACUUGUUCUCUGGAUGCACCAGAAGCAUGUAAGAAACAUGUAAGACAUGCUUAGAUUAAAAGGUUUGAGGAAAACGAAUGCUUCUGUUUUGUAGUUUUAUUUGGAACUUUGCAAAGCAAUUAAUAUUAAGACUUGUUUGAGAAAAAUAAAGAAGCAUCCAGAAUCCCAAGGGAAUCUUUAUGGAAGCAUCUAAUGAGUUUAUAGGGUAAGGAUGGGGAACCUGUUUCCCUCCAGAUGUUUCUGGACUACAACUCCCCAUCAUCCAUGACUAUUGACCAUACUUGCUGGGGUUUAUGGGAGUUAUAGUACAACAGUAUUUGAGGGCCACGGGUUCUCCGCCUCUGUUAUACAGUAUAGCAUUUGUGCUUUGAUAGCUUGGCUUUCUAAUAAUUUGCAGCCAUAUAAAGUUUUAUAUAAUUGUUGCAGCUACAUAAUUGGGGGGAAAUUGUUUCGUUUAAAAAUAAUGUAUCUAGCUAGGAAUGAAGAUGUAUUUCACUCAUAGUGAACUGAAUUCUCUCUAGUUGCUCUGGCAUAUGGGAUCUAUAAACAAGAUCUGCCUUCAUUAGAAGAGAAGCCAAGAAACGUUGUGUUUGUUGACAUAGGCCAUUCGGCAUAUCAAGUUUCAGUAUGUGCAUUCAACAAGGGAAAAUUAAAGGUAAGUAAAGCUAUGCACUUAUUUUAAUAAUAGAAUAUAUUAGUGUUUUUAUGGAGCAGUCAAGUAAUUUCGUUGUCCCCGAAGGGGGCAAUGACAAUAAAGACAUUAUUAUUAUUAUUAUUAUUAUUAUUAUUAUUAUUAUUAUUAUUAUAUUGAUUUUCUGGUAUACAAAAUGUUAGAGUCAAGAAGCAUUGCUAUGUCAAGAUAACAAACUGAGUCAUUAAAUACAUGUAAUGUUUUAGUAGUUGCUGCUCUGUCAUCACUUCUGCAAAAGAAUACAAAAGUGUGAUGGAUCAGGCCAUUAUUCCAUCUAGUCCAGUAUCUUUUUCUCAUAGUGGUCAAGCAGAUACCUAUGGGAAGCACAACAGCACUUUCCCCUCCUGCAGUUCCCAACAACUGGUAUUCAGAAACAUAUGGUCUCCAGCAGUGGCAUGUAUUCUGCUUAAAAGAAAACUAAUGAAAGGUGUUAAGGUUUUUUUUUUGGUAGAUAAUGCAUUCUCCAUAAAUGAAGUCAGUCCACUUUUUUCACUGUGCCUCUUAUGGUAUCUCAUCUUUCUUGUAAAGAUGUCUGGAUUGACUCCAGUGUCAGAAAUGCACUGUUUGCACAGGCAGUCAUAAAGUACUCGUCUUAAAAGUGGCAGUGAGAGAGGGUUCAGCAGCUGGUGUUCAAGCUAAGCUUUCUUCUCCCUGCCUCCAGUUGUUACCAGAGCACUAGUCGAUAGCCAUAUUGUUAUCCAGCGGUUUUCAACCUUUUUGAGUCCACAGCUCCCUUGACCAACUACAUUGUUUCUGUGGCACCCCUGUGGGGCUCAGGAGCCCAGUUAUGUCACCCCUUGCUUUCAGAGCUGGAAGCUUCUCACCCUUUUUUCAAACACCUUCCCUUGUGGCGUGUUCCCUCAGCACCCCUUACCAUCAUUCAAGGUACCCCAGGGUGUCACGGCACACUGGUUGAAAACCACUGAUCUAAACCAUUUGUGAGGGUCGCCUGAGAAGUGGUGGAUAAAUAACAAAUAUGUAAUGUCCCAUUGGUGUUCAAACCUGUCAUAUUCUUAUUCCAAAAAAAAUUUCAUCAAAAAAUAUGUAACAGACUUUGCACACAACAAUGUGUAGGCAACUGCUUCAUUGCCUUGUCAGAACAACUCAGUAGCGGUUCAUAUAUAGAAGGCUAUAUAUUCCUUCAGGGGUUCACCCAUAAAAAAAAUAACAGCUGAUUGGAUGCCUAACUUCUGUGCCUUCAGUGACUCACACAUUUAGUUUAGCUAUCAUUUCAAAGAAUGUUGGUUUUGAAAGGUCUCUGAGUCUGGGUGAAACUUGGAUGCCUUCCCUGAAGAGGUUCUAUGAAAUAAUGGUAGCCACAUUAAAUGUAUGAAUGGCAACUUUGAGUUGUAUGCAGUGAAGCCAUCACUCUUGAACAAGGACUUCCACUUGCACAAUGAAACUUCUCCAUCGCUUCUCUUCCCUGUGCCCUCAAAAUCUGUUCUGGGGGUUCCCCCAACUAACUGAAGCAGAUUUGGAGGGGAGGAGAGGGAGGGGAAAUUCCAUUGUGCAAUUGGAAGUCCUUGUGUGAGUGGGUUGACUUGGGUGAAUAUGACUUUGUGGUUGGCCAGGUUGCAUGCUGACACAGACGACAUGGAAGUGGAUAGGCUGGUGUAAAGCUUUCCACAUGCUGGUAAUUUUCUCUCACACCUGAGCGUCCUGUUAGUGGUCUGUAGAUAGUAGGGAUGUUGUAUAACUCUGUACAACGUUCUGUGUUACAAUAAAUAAUAACAAUGUGAUAGUUUGUAAACCAGGCACUGAUUUGAGUGAAAUGCCAGUUUGAGCUAAUCAAAUCAUUAGUGAUUUAGAAUAUCGAAAAGGUUUUCUAUUGGGAAUAGUACCAGGAAGCCUAAAGGAAGAAGACAAGACCCUAUAUUUAUACGCAACAGUAGCCGCAAGGCUAUUGUUUGCGAAAAACUGGAAAAGUGGUAUUGUACCAACAAAAAUAGAGUGGCUUGCCAAAUUAUUGGAGUACUACAAUAUAUCCAAAACAAUGGGAGAAAUUGGAAGGAUCUCAAAAGAGAAGAUAGAUAGGGACUGGAAGGUGUUUAAAAGAUACUUGCAAAACCAUAUCGAAAAAUCAGAACUCCUAUUAGAAUAAACAAGUUCCGUUUCAAACACUGAAAUACUGAAUAAGAUGGAUAACAACGUGUAAUAGAAAAAGAAGUAUGAAAUUAGGCUAAAGGUGUGUGAAAGAAAGUAAUAGAAGUGGAAAGAAAUUGCAAUUGAGUAGAUUGGAAGUCUAACACAAAGGUGGGGUGAGGGGUGGUGGAUGGUGAUGGGAAAAGGAAUUAUUUGUGGGAUUGAGUGUAAGUAUGUUUGAACACUUUUAAGGAUUGUAUGAAAUGUAUGUUUGUAUGCUUGUAUAUCUGUAAUAUAUGUGGAUUAAUGAACUAUUUUAACAAUAAAAUUUUAAAAAAUAUAAAAUAAAAAAAAUUGAAAAGUAAUCUUAUUUAACUGAGAUACUUUAUGCCUUCUCUUGUAAAGGUACUUGCAACAGCAUUUGACACGGUACUUGGUGGCAGGAAAUUUGAUGAAGUAUUAGUAAAUUAUUUUUGUGAAGAAUUUGGGAAAAAAUAUAAACUAGACAUAAAGUCCAAAAUUCGUGCACUGUUGAGAUUAUCUCAGGAAUGUGAGAAACUGAAGAAGUUGAUGAGUGCAAAUGCUUCUGAUCUGCCACUGAACAUAGAAUGCUUCAUGAACGAUAUUGAUGUCUCUGGAACUAUGAACAGGUAACUUAUUUUAAUUCAGUGUAUUCAUUUUUUUAAUCAUAUGAAUUCUGAGUGUCUCUGAAUGUCUUUCAUAGCUAAACCAAUGAAAUUGCUACUAGCCAGAUGGGCAGGGUAUAAAUAAAUUAUUAUUAGUAUUAUUAGUAUUAGUAUUUAUUUACAUAUAGCAAGAUGUGAUUUCCCCCCCGUCCCAACAAUGUACUUGGGGAUAUCACUAAUUCAAUGCUUAGAUUACCUAAAGCAAUAGAAACUCAUUCCAUAUUACAGAUUUAAGAUAAUAGAAAGAGGAAUGUUUGCCACAACCUGUUUUCAUCAUGGUUGAAUAUGUUGGAUGCAGCUCUCUAACCCUUUACUAGAACUGGGGCUGAAGCCUGGAAUAGGUGAAGUAGUAAUAAUUUCAAAAGAGGAGGUGGUUGCUGAAUGCAGACUUAGAUAGAAUUUUUUUCAAGAAUAACAAAAUUUAUAAUUGACUAACAAGUGCAAAUAUGAAAGAAAAUCUGUGUAAAAUGAGCUUAACACCACAAAAAUUUCUGUAAAGUAUAUGCUGGGUGUGAGGAUAAAUGUUAAAGGUGUGGAUCACCAAAGGGAGAUAUGAACCACAUUUCGUGGUUAUGGCCAGUGAUAGACACUUUUGGGGGAGGAACUGAUGAAUCUCACACAUGAACCUGUGGUAUACACUUUUGACAAUUUGCUUCCAUUAUUUAGGUGAUAAUCUUAAGCAGAAGAGUUAGUUUGGAGCUAAAUGAUUAAUUAGUAUAAAUUGAUUUAUGUGGGGUGUGUGUGUGUAUAUAAAUAAAAAAAAUGUGAAUUAUAUAUUUGUAGUGUUACAAUUUAGUAGAAUCCUGUACAAUAAAAAUAAAUCUAGGAUAAUAUCCAAUGCUGGUAAUAGUAAGAAAGAGUGUUAUUGGAAUCAAUAGAUUUAAAUAACUUAAGAUAAUUGAUUUCAGUAAGUGGGUGUACUUGAAUAUGACAUACCAUACUGUCCCAAAUAUAAGCCGCACUUUCCCCCCAAAUUCCGACCAUGAGAAGUUAAAGUGCAGCUUAUAUUUGCAACCUUUCGGUAUGCAACCAGGAGUGUGACUCUCCCCCCCCCCCCAUGCAGCCAGGAGCAGCGAGGAAGGGACCGGCUUAUAUUUGGGGUUUCUUUUUCUUUUUCUUUUCUCCCCUCCAAUUUUAAAGGCGCGGCUUAUAUUCGGGCCAGUACAGUAAUCAAUCACCAAUAACUGUAAAAUUCUUAACAUUGCUGCUACUUCUAAAUACACGUGGUGUCUUUACCCCUUUAAGUGCAACUUUGUAAAUUUUGGAGAGGCAGGAUUUAAGAGGCUGCAGGAAACAACUAUAUUUUAUUUUCUGCUUUGUUUUAAAGUAUAUUUUCAUAUUUUAACUCACCCACAGGAGCAAAUUCUUAGAGAUGUGUGAUGACCUCUUGGCCAGAGUUGAACCACCACUUCGCAGUGUUUUGGAGCAAGCUAGUAAGUGCCACUUUAACUCAAAGAUUAAAAUAAACAGGAAAGGAUUACACAAAGUAGUAUAAUAUAUGGAGGAUUGGUACAUUGAGUGUUCUAUAAUAAAAGCAGUAAUCUUUGUUUUAGAUGUCUUGUUAGCUUUUUGCUAGGCUGGCUUUGUAUCCUCAAGGUAAUGUUGUGGUUAACUCAUUUUAAAAAACUAAUAAUACAUAUAUUAAGGGGUUUUUUUUGUUUAUAAGAUUCUUUUAUGUUAGAACAAGAGUUAAACUUAAUAUAGACCAAGUGUUCUUCCUCUGAACUGUUGGAACAAUAACUCUCUUAGCCAUGAAGUCCACUUUCAUUGGCAACUGCUGCCCAGUUUACAGUAUGUGAACAGAGACUUUCUUGGUGCUAAUGAGUGGAUCCAGCUGGGAUGUUUCAGAGGUGUUCAUCUUCCAUUAGGGAACCUAUUCUCUUUGGAGAGACAGUAAAGCUAACUUGAUUUGUGUGUAUCAAGUAUAGCUGCAAUUCCAAAAUGCACUUGUAACUCACAUUUCAUCUGGUCAGAUUCUUCCAGCUCAAGUGAGUUCAGACUUUGAAUGUCUCAAGUGUCUUUUCUCUUUACAGAGUUAAAGAAGGAGGAUAUCUAUGCAGUAGAAAUAGUAGGAGGGACUACAAGAAUACCUGCUAUAAAAGAGCGUGUCAGUAAAUUUUUUGGUAAAGAGGUCAGUACAACUCUGAAUGCUGAUGAAGCUGUCACCCGAGGCGCUGCCCUGCAGGUAAGAGCAACUGUUGGAAUAUUGUAGACCUUUAUUCAGUGUUGAUUUGAUCCUAGUUUCUUCAGUGUUGAGACCUCUGGGUAUAGGGCGGUAUAUAAAUAAUAGUAAUAAUAAUAAUUAAUGUUGGAAGAAAUAUUAUACAUUUAAUUGAAAGGUAAUACAUUUAUUUCCUACCUCAUCAAGUGUGUUGUUUGUGUGGUUUGUUUUUAAAGGAAGUGCUGCUCAAGACACUCUACAUGCUUUUUUGCAGCUGAAAUCAGGCAACUUUUUUGGAUUUUCUAAAAAUCCAAUGUAUCUCAAUAGUUAGACUAAGUUUUUGGGAAUGCAAUACAAAUGGAAUCUACUUGAAAGUUAUUUUGAAAUCCUAGCUUAAAGAGGUCCACUUAACCACAAUAGCAGAUAGACAUUGUCAAAUCAAAUUAUAUUGGGGGGGGGGUUAAUAAACCAUCAGUGCUUUUAUAUUACAGCUGACCUGUGCUUUAAUAUUGCACAACUUAUUUUAAUGGUUUUUUUUCCCCUUUGCAGUGUGCUAUUCUAUCCCCAGCUUUUAAAGUGAGAGAGUUUUCUAUCACAGAUUUAGUGCCAUAUCCUAUUUCUUUGAAAUGGAAUUCCCCAGCAGAAGAAGGACUAAGGUAAAUAUUUAACACUUUAAAGUGCUUCUGAAGGACUAGCUACUACUGAGUCAUACCCAAUUCUAUACUAUUUUAUGUAGAUGUGCAUAUGGAAUAUUUGAAUACAAAAACUUCAAUCUCAGUUGUUUGGCUUAUAAUGAAACGUGCAAUAAAUUUAUUAUAAAUUGCUAUGAUUGUUGUAGGAUAUAACACAAACGUUUUCUGGGUCCACUAAACAUAGCUGCUCCUGUCUGAAAUGGCAGGGUAGCGUGUUCUUAAAUAGAUUAUAUAAAAAUGUACACUCAAAAUAACCUCCCUUCCUAUAGUGAUUGUGAAGUCUUCCCAAAGAAUCAUGCUGCACCAUUUUCCAAGGUCCUGACAUUCUACAGAAAGGAACCUUUCACGUUGGAAGCUUACUAUAGUUGUCCUAAGGAAUUGCCUUACCCAAAUCCUGCCAUAGGUAUGUAUGCAUAAGAAAGUAAUGUUGACUUUGUAAUAUAACUGGAGUGAGAGCCUAAUUGCAAGUUUCCCUCUAAUUUUGUUGGUGAGAUUCUUUUAAUAUUACUGCAGCUUCCAUUGUGCUUAGGAUUUGAAUGUGUUUAAACUGGGAACUAAUGUAAAUAUUAAUUUGGUGUAAAGAUGCCUACUAAAUGGAAAGGUAAAAGCUAUGUAAAGAUGAGUUUUGGAACCAGUUUUGUACUCUGUUGGGGAUGGGUAGGUGUUAAGUGCAUGCCAAGCUUCUCACUCAAAUCACAAAAUGUUUUGCUACUAUUAAAAUAGCACCAAAUGCUUGCUGUUAAGAACCACCUUAAAAUUACUGAAUUUACUUUUAAUAAAGUUUCUGUCUUAUUUUCCUGUUUAGCUCAAUUUUUAGUUCAGAAGGUAAUUCCCCAGAAGGAUGGAACCAGUUCAAAAGUUAAAGUUAAAGUCCGAGUAAACAUCCAUGGCAUUUUCAGUGUUUCAAGUGCAUCACUUGUAGAAGUUCAUAAAUCUGAAGAAAGUGAAGAGCCUAUGGAAACAGAUCAGCAUGCAAAAGAGGAAGAGGUAACUUCUAUUAAUUGUCAUAUGCCCUUGUUAGCCUAGCUUUUAGCAGUACAGUCGUACCUUCGCUUACGCAUCCCUCCACUUACAUAAACUUGGGGAUACGUAAGCGGCAAACCCAGAUUUUUGCCACAUGCGCAGAAGCAGUCCCUCUGAUUGCGGAAACCUCAGGAUCCAACCAGAGCUCCAGAAUGGAUCCUGUCUGCAACCGGAGGUACCACUGUAUCUUACCACUGAUAUGGGUUGUCCAGAAUAAUGAACUUCGCAAACACAGGAUUUGAAACAUUCCUUUAACAAGGAAUGCUGAAGUUGCUGACAAUGAACUUUGACUGCAUCUUCACAUGUUCAGUGAAAUAGACUAUGCAGCUGUCCCAACAACAUAAAUACAUUUAGGUAAAUAUAUAGGAAACUAGAAUGUACCCACAGGGAUGAGGAACCUGUGGCCCUCCAGAUGUUGCUGGACUGCAGCUCUAAUCAUCUCUGACCAUUGGCGCUGAUGGGAAUUGGAGUCCAGUAAAGGCCCAUAUUAUCCCCAUCCCUGAUGUACAUUUUUUUUUAAAAAACCCCUCAAGUUACUUGUAAAUACAAAACAAGCUUUUGAACCUUUUAAGCUAAGCAGCAAUCUGGAUUUCUAUAGUCAUAGCCUCCUCUUUGGCGUGUCUCCCUUCCUCCAGCUCCAAUAGUCUUUAAAAGCCAGAACAACACAUGUUAUUGUCAAACGUAUUGUGCUCUUGCUGAACAUUACUGUUAGGGGUAUGUGCUGCCUCUGAGCUUUAAAGUGCUUAGAGAAUUUGCUGAGAGAGGACUUUGACAAGUGCAGUAUGAGAAGUGAGUUCCUUCCUUUGCUCUGAAAUUGAGAGCUGCCUACUUUUCCGCCUUCCUUUAGUAGUGGAAGUUUAGAAAGAAACGCACUACAAGGACAUGAAAGAAAUUCAAUUGAUUUUCUGUCAGUCACAUUUAGUAAGAUCUGUUUCCUUGAUCUAUAUUCAAAGCUUUAUUCACUAAUUUCAGAAGAUGCAAGUAGACCAGGAAGAACAACAGAAGGAGCAACAGAAGACUGAGGAACACCAGCAACAAGCACAAGCUGAAAACAAGACUGAGGCUGAAGAAAUGGAGGUAAAAAUUGUGUGUUAAACUAAAAUGUGUUGACCAAUAGCCUCCCUAUCUUUGUGAGAAAGUUAGAACAUAUGCUAGACUAAACAGGCAUUUUUUCUGUUUACGUAUUACUUCAAAGAUAAAAAUACUUAACAGGACUUGGGACUUGAACAGUGGGACUUGAAUAACAGUGAUUUGUUUUAGUGUUGAGUUCUUCGUGAGAAUGCUGGUUCCCAACAUAGAAAAGCUUCAGUAAAAAGAACUUGAAACAAAUGUCUGGAAGCCACAAUUGAUUUGUCACAGUUUCUUUUUCUGUUUUAAUGCAGACAACUCAAACUGGAUCAAAAGAGAAGAAAACAGAUCAACCUCCUCAGGCUAAAAAGGCUAAAGUAAAGACUACGACCGUUGACCUUCCUAUUGAGAAUCAGUUGGUGUGGCAGAUAGGAAAGGAUAUGUUGAACUUAUUUAUUGAGAAUGAGGUAAGCACUAAUGUCAGUGGAGAAAAGUUUUUUACAAUUUACUGGUGGUUGAUGCUGAGGUGAGGGGAUCAUGUAAUAAAUCACAAAAGCACAAAGUAACCUUAUUUAAUUGAAACAAAAAUGUAAUAUGUUUCUGACAGGGCAAAAUGAUCAUGCAAGAUAAACUGGAGAAGGAACGGAAUGAUGCCAAGAAUGCUGUAGAGGAAUACGUUUAUGAAAUGAGAGACAAACUCUGUGGCGUGUAUGAGAAAUUUGUUAGUGAAGAGGUAAGUGCUUCUAAAAACAAGUGCUAUGAAAGUUAGGAUCUGACCUGUUCAUGCAGUAUCAGCAUUGGUGGCUUACAUAGUCCACUAAUCAGAGAACUUUCUCUAAAUCAUUGAUGGGCAACCUCUGCCAUAGUGGCUUAGUUUCCCCCAGCAUAGGUCCUAAUUUGGCCUAUGAGGUGGUUCCACCAAGUUAUGCCUACCUGCUACAUACAGGAUGUCAUGUGAGCUGAAGAUUCAUGUCACUUUAGUUAAGCUGAAAUGCAUUGUUCGUUAAAAAAAAAGUACCCACAAUUUGCUUUAUUUACACUUUUUCCCUAGGAUCGUAAUAGUUUCACUCUCAAGUUGGAAGACACAGAAAACUGGCUAUAUGAAGAGGGUGAAGACCAGUCAAAACAGGUUUACAUUGAUAAAUUGACAGAAUUGAAAGUAAGUGGGACUUCAAAAACUGUCAAACUUGACUUAGCUGAAACCUGACAUACAAGGGUCUAUCUGCAAUACAUGAAUGUUGCUUGUGCAUUGUAAUUACCGUGGGAAAACAUUCUGGCAGCUGGGGUGGAGAGUGAACUAGCUGUGCUAGGAUUAUACAGGCUCAUCCAGGUUGGCCAGAUUGUAUACAGCAUCCCUCCCAGCAUUUUAGGAGGGCAGUUCAGGGUACCCCUUCCUCCCCUGCUCCCACCCCACCUACCUUUCUCCAGUCGUCAGCCUCUGCAGCACCCAUCCUGUGCCAUGUUGGCAGAAGCAGUGCAGGCCUGGCCGACCUUCCAGCAGGCCACACCCAGCCUGCACCGCAUCUCUUGAUACGACGCAGAUCCAAGCACCCAUCUUGGGAUUGGGAACAGAAGCCAGGGCGGCUUCUGCCAAUCCGUCAUGUGCCAAAUAAAUCGGGACACUUGAGGGGUCUGAUACAGUAAACCUGCAACUCACACACAUUUAACAUGUGUGCAUUCAGCUUUGUGUGCAUGGUGAAAGACACAAGGUUGGAUUCAGUGAGUGGAGUUUUGGGGAAAAUGACAUUAGCAAUCCCACCCACAAUUGAACCCAAUGUGUUUUGUCUAUAUGCGAUUUUGGCUUUAAGCACGAUCUGCAGAACAUAACCCCUGGGUAAGUUGCAGGCUUACUGUAUAAAUGUUAACUUUAACAUGUAAAUUAUACACUUGUAAAGCAUUCACAACAAGCAUCUUGAAUCACCAGCUUUCCUUACAAGAUAUUAUAUUUAGAGCUUUUUUUCUGUGUUGCUACUACAGUUCUCUGCAGUCAAGACAUAAGCUGCUUUUGAAAUUAAUAUGCUUUGUCUUCAGUCCAAGUGUAACUCAUCUUACAAGUGUGGUUCAGAUCAAUAACUGUCUUGGUAAACUUCUCUUCAAUUCAGGCUGUGGGACAGCCUAUUCAGGCACGAUUUCAAGAAUCUGAAGAAAGACCAAAAGCCUUUGAAGAACUUGGAAAACAAAUCCAACUCUACAUGAAAGCUGUUCUUGCUUUUAAAGCAAAGGUAUCAUUAUCUUUUAUAUGACAAGUUAGUAUUUCAAAAUUGUCUUAAAUAUUUUCAGUAGUAAACUUUAAGGCAGAAAUCCUUUUUCCUUUUCAGGGCCUUACAGGAUAAAUUUUCAGGUGAUGGUUGCUAUGCUUGGAAAUUGUAGUCUCUUCACAUAGCAAACAAGCAGAUUUACUGCUUAUCCUCCCUCUUAACUUGAUAUGUUUUAAUCAGUAGAGCAUGAUAUAGUGCUCUUCUGUUAAGUUUAUUUGUUUAGUAGACCACCAGGCUUCAUUCAUUCAGAUUAUUUCGUCAGACUGAGCCUAAAGUUUUUUUUAUUAUUUACCAAAAGGAGGAAGUGUAGAAUAGCAUUACUCUACAAAGUCACAUUUCACUACUAAAAAUUUUAGGAUGAACAGUACGACCACUUAGAUCCUGCAGAAGUGGCCAAAGUGGAGAAGAGUGCAAAUGAUGCAAUGGAAUGGAUGAACAACAAACUCAAUCUUCAGAACAAGCGAAGCCUGUCUUUGGAUCCUGUUAUCACAGCUAAGGAAAUUGAAGCAAAAACAAAAGUAAGUAAUAAUUUGGAAACUGCAGGGGAAUGAUGAAGUUAAGAACCUACGGAGCUGCCGUCUUAUAUGAAAUCAGAUCAUUGGUCUCGUUUAGCUCAGAACUGUCUGUACACAGAUUCUGUCAAGCAUUUUGGACAGCAGUAUUUCCCAACUUUACCUGGAGAAGCUGGAGCAUUUGAUAUGCAAAGCAGGUUCUUUACCACUGAGCUACAGUCACUCCCCAUAAAUUGAGUUAAACUAGUGUUGCACAGUGCCUUUAAUUAGUAUAUUAAUAUUCUUGAAUUUUCUACAACUGAGAGAAUUGCAUAAGUUAUUGUACAUUCUGAUUUAGUUGGUCCAUUCACAUAUAUUUUCCAGCUGUUUUCUUAACCUUAUGUUAUGGUUUAUUUAUUGACCACUUUUUGUCCCAAAGCCCUCCAAAGCGGUGAACAGUGUAUUAAUUCAUAUCCUGCCCACUGCAAACAUACAGCUGCUCCAGCUUCUCACCUAGGAGCAAGCCAACACACAACUAUGUUAUUAUUUAACAAAUUCAUAAACUGCUUCAGAGCAUGAAGUCAUCAGUGUAGAAGAUAAAAAUGGAAUAAAGCACAAAACCACAAGCUCUAAAAGCAAUAAAAAGUAUAACGAUCUAAAAACAAUAAAACUAUCUCUGCAGACAUACAAUUAAUAAUCUGUAAAAGAAACCACUCACCCACAUGGCUCCCUCACACUUCUCCCACCCCAAAGGAGACACCCAAAGCUGGUGGUGACCAGCUGGCAAUUGUGACCUCCAAAAACUAGGCUUCCCUGCCUUCCUGCUCCCCCCCCCCCCAAAAAAAAAGAUGUAUUGCUGUGGCAAAACCUUCCAGCCACUUCAGGCUGUUUUUCUCCAGGUACUGCAGAAAGAGGCUAGGGAAGUUAAUGUUGGUAUCUAGCUGCCAGCCAUGGUCCUGCUACUGCUACAUUUUGGAGAGCAACCUUAACAUAACUUUACUUAAUUUCCUGGUGUGAUGUGCUCUGGUUCUUUCAUUUUAGGAACUGAUCACUAUGUGUAAUCCUAUAAUCAACAAACCUAAACCCAAGGUGGAACUUCCAAAAGAGGAUCAAAAGCCAGCAGAACAGAAUGGUCCAGUAGAAGGCCAGGGGGAUGGCUUCGGAGCGUCUCAGACUACAGAACAGAGUACUGAUUCAACAGCCCAAACAUCUACAGAAAAGAAACUUCCUGAAAUGGACAUUGAUUGAAUCACAGUUCCUUGUUUAUAUUAGAAACUACAAUAAAGCUUUAAGUUUGUCAACUUUAUUAUGUUCUGAGUAUAAACGGGGAGCCAAGUGAGAGCUGCAGCUUCUCACACUAACUCUUUUUAGAUCAGAUUGGUCAGUAUAAAGCAUCUUGACUCUUGGGUAGCUUAAUUAAAUGGUCAGAUAGGUUCUUUCUUUUGCCAUGACUUUAAAAGCCCACCAGUAACCACUUAGAUUUGCAAAAACAGUCACAGGUGAUCAUUUUAAAAGCGUGAGGAUAACAGGAAGAUAAUUUUGUUCUAAUCUGCCACUAGGUUUCUAUUGUGAAUUGCAGCAGCUGCAUUUAUAAGUAUUGAUAGACAAGUUCCAGAAGUGUUUGCAGUUCUGGUUUUAUUGCACAAGAGUAAUAUAGCAAAAUACAAGUUUGUGAUCUGUCUACAAUUACAGAGGCAAUAAUGGCAUGUUUCCUAGCUGGAAGUAUAAUUCAUUUCACAUUGUGCCAUUGAUAAGUUAUGUGAGGUAUAUGGCGCCAUGGAUCAGAUUACAUGUUUGUGCUAAAUUCAAAGAAUUGAAAAGGCUGGAGUGUUUUUUCCAGUUCAUGUCCGCACUCCAUUAUUGAUGUCCUGGGCAUUGUAUCAGAUUGUUUAUCUGAUAUGCAGAGUAGCAAAUAUAUACCUAAACCUGCUAUUAGAUAUGCAAAAAUGUAUACUCAUGGUAAAGUCGCCCCAGCUAUAUGAAAUGCUGUAUAAAUUUCUGUCUCUAGUUGAAGUAGUUGCUUAUGCGGGGGGAAAGAGGAUACUGCUUGCUGUCCACACUUCUGGAUAAUUCUGAUUGUUAACCCUGAAGAGGAUAUUUGCUUCCUUCAUUUUGGAAGUGCUUAGCUUUAUCUUCUGGGCAAAACAAGAAGUCUGACAGUUUCUCUCAUGUGCUCCUCUACACUUUGGCUGUUUUGCUUCUAGUAUUGAUAAUUGUCAUAUAAACUUGUAUGUGUUGAAAUAGGAAUGGAUACAUCCAUACACAUUGCAAGAAAUAAAUGCACUGGAUUGUACUGGAUUUUUUAAAACCCAUUUAUUGGUGAAAGACACAGGUUGGAUUCAGCAAUCUGCCAACAAAAGGGGGUGAGCGGAAGCCCACUUUUCUGUUCCCCUGAAGUUCGGGGAAUCCUGAUAAGUGGUGUAGGGGGUAUUGCAGAAAAGUGAGCAGGUGCAGGGUCCUUUGGUCCUCUAGGAGGGGAAGAUAAUUUUGGGAAGCUGUAGGGACUGGCAACAGGAGGCAGGGGAAGAAAUGUCAGCUUCUGCUUGCCUCCCUCUAUUGCCAAAUCUCUCAAAAAAAAAUUUAAUCUCAAGAGAUCUAUGAGUUUAGUCCAGUCUUUUUGCAAAUAGCUUCUUGUAAAGCAAGAAAACACUACCACACAACUGAGGUGGAUUGUUUUAAGAAAGUAACAUUCUUUCAUCAGUUAAGUCAUACCUUAAAAUCACACAUGGAUCAAACAAUCUGUUCCGUUAGUUUAGACUAAACUGGUACUCUGCUACAGCAAAGUAUUGUGUGCUAGUAUCAAAGUGGUUCUUUAACAUGCAGAAGUCCAUUUUUUACCUCUGGAAAUAUCCAACUUUUAGUUAAAACAAAAAUCAUUGAUUAUGGGCUAAGAAAAGACUCCAGAGAUCACCUUGAGUCUAAAUGACAACUCAGAAUAUUAUUGCUGUUUUUUUCUACCUGUUCAUCAACUGCUGCCUGUAAUUGACUGGGCAACCCUUCUACUGAAAUAAAAGCUUUAGGUCUAUGAUGCCCCAUUGUUUUGUCAGCUUUUAUUUCAUGGGGGGGGUGGGAAAUAGUGCAAGUUUCCUUAAAUCUGAAAAAAAAACACCAUUUGCUUUUCAUGUGCAUGAAAUGAUGAAAUCAGUACUGCUGUACAUCUAUACAAAUAUUUAAUCUUACCAUAUUUAUGUAUGGGCUUGUAUGUAAUGUUAGAGCUAAAUAGGGUGUGUUCUUCCCAAGUGUUUCAGAAAUUUGGAAAGGGUAAGAGAGGUAGAACCAAACUGGAAUGAAGGGGAAUAUUUAAUGUGGGAAAAGACAACAUAUGCAAGGGAAGAAAAAGGUGGGAGUAUAAACAUACAAGGUGCUGGUAAAAGGAAUGGGAAGUCAUGGGGAAAUAGCUGAUAUACAAGGUUGCAGCAAUAGAAUAAAGCAUCUUAAGGUGUAAAGGUUUGCUUAGGAACAGUAUGCUGCUUUCAGCAUGUUGCUUAAGAAGGCAAAAGGAGCAAAAAAAAGGGGGGUUCCUCUUUAUUUCAGAAAUGUUUUUAGGUGCAGGGUUAAUAUUUUUUUCUCCGUGAUCCAGUAAAAUUCUGGGGGUGAGAAUCCUGAGGGCAUGAAGUUUACAGUAAUCCAAUGGCAAAAGUUUCCUGCAGUCAGCUGCUUCUCCUAUGGAGAAAUAGUACUAACUGAAAUUACAUCUAUUUUCACAGAUCCUUUUGCAAUGAAGUCCAACUCAUUAUUUCCACCUUUUCAGUAGUAUUCAUUUCAUUACAACUACUGUAUGCAUCUGGUGUUUUGAUACCCUUAUAAUCUGUGGAG